AAUAGAUAAACAAAUAAAUAAACACACACACGUACAAACAGUGGUUGUAGGUGCAGUUAUUUGUGGGUUGUGUUGAGGCCUGAGGGGAUAUUGUAUUGUAUGGUCCGAAACCAAUGGCUACAACUACUGCUCAGAUUGCCAAUGGCGUCGGCAUCCGUAACUCCGGCCGCCCUACCUCCGCCGCUCCCUCCACUCCUGCUCUCACUUCAAACAGCAUCUUACUCAGUUUCACUCGUCCACGCGCCUCCACGCUUCGUUUUCACUCCGUAGUUAACUUCGCCGGUCGCUUCUCUGCCUUCCGUCGUUCUCCGCCGCCGUGUUCCUUACGCGCCUCCGCUUCAUCCGCCGAACAGCCUACAUCUUCAGCAGGGCAAGAUGUUGAAAAUUUGGUAAUCAUAGGAUCGGGUCCCGCGGGAUACACAGCAGCCAUUUAUGCAGCGCGUGCGAAUUUGAAGCCUGUAGUGUUUGAGGGGUAUCAAGUUGGCGGUGUUCCUGGUGGACAAUUGAUGACCACCACUGAAGUGGAGAACUUUCCAGGUUUCCCGGAGGGAAUUACUGGUCCAGACUUGAUGGAUAGGAUGCGCCGUCAAGCUGAGCGUUGGGGAGCAGAACUUCAUCAGGAGGAUGUAGAAUUUAUUGAUGCGAAUAACCGUCCUUUUACUGUGCAAAGCACUGACCGCAAGGUGAAAUGCCAUAGUAUUAUAGUAGCUACAGGAGCAACUGCCAAAAGAUUGAAUUUACCUCGCGAAGAUGAGUUUUGGAGUAGGGGAAUCAGUGCAUGCGCAAUUUGUGAUGGAGCUUCACCGCUUUUCAAGGGUCAAGUUCUUGCAGUUGUUGGUGGAGGUGAUACAGCUACUGAGGAAGCAAUAUAUUUGACUAAAUACGCUCGACAUGUUCAUUUACUUGUACGCAGGGACCAAAUGAGGGCAUCGAAAGCUAUGCAAGAUAGAGUUCUUGACAAUCCAAAUAUCACAGUGCACUACAACACAGAGACGGUGGAUGUUGUCAGCAACACAAAAGGACAAAUGUCUGGCAUAAAACUCAAGAAACUUGAUACCGGUGAGGAAUCAGUGCUGGAAGCUAAGGGCUUGUUCUAUGGAAUCGGUCAUACCCCAAACAGCCAGUUGUUACAAGGUCAAAUUGACCUUGAUAGCGCCGGUUAUAUAUUGGUCAAAGAUGGAAGUGCAGAGACUUCCUUAGAAGGUGUGUUUGCUGCUGGAGAUGUUCAGGAUCAUGAAUGGAGGCAAGCAAUAACUGCAGCUGGAUCAGGAUGCGUUGCUGCGCUCUCAGUGGAAAGAUAUCUUGUCGGCAAUAAUCUUCUUAUUGAAUUUCACCAGCCACAUACUGAAGAAGUUAAGAAAGAGCUCACGCCAAGAGACGUACAGGAAGGAUUUGACAUUUCGCUUACUAAGCACAGGGGCCAGUAUGCAUUGCGAAAAUUGUAUCACGAAAGUCCUAGACUCAUUUGUGUACUAUAUACAUCACCAACCUGCGGUCCAUGUAGGACAUUAAAGCCAAUUUUGGGAAAGGUUAUAGAUGAGUUUGAUCAGAAUGUUCAUUUUGUUGAGAUCGAUAUUGAAGAAGAUCCCGAGGUUGCUGAAGCCGCAAAUGUUAUGGGUACACCAUGUGUACAGUUCUUUAAGAACAAAGAAAUGAUCAGGACUGUAUCAGGGGUGAAAAUGAAGAAAGAGUACAGAGAAUUUAUUGAAGCAAAUAAGUGAGUUUUUCCUUAUUUCUCCUUACACUAGCUCAUGUUGUCAUUUUGUGUUUCAAUUUUGAUAUUGCAAAUUGGCUAGUUAAAUACUUCCUUGUAUUUUUUUAAUAUAUCUACUGAUUAAGUAACUUCAUCGCGAUAUAGUGUAUUAUAUUGCAAUGCAGCUUUAAAAAAUGUGAUAUUCGAUUUUGAAUUCAAGAAAAGAGAUUUGAG